AUACGAUUUAUUGCUCUCACUUCGUCAAUCUAGAAAACAAAGAGGGUUUCCGUAUUUUUCAACGCUGGGAGCGUUCUCAUCUGAUUAUACUAUUGCCCAUUGCUAUCUCAUUCUCUCCUGCAUUUAUUUAUUUAUUUUUUGGGUUAGGUCCUCGACUCCUCGGGACUUGCUUUUCUCUCUCUCAUCAGUCUCUCUGUAAGUGGGGUACGGGAGGUUUCCUCUUCCUCGUUUUCAACUGCACCGUCAAGAGAAUGGAUUCAAGUGGAGCAUCUAGCAAUGUUCAUGAUCAUGGGACUCCGGUGGACGAACAAAAGAAGAGAUUCAGAUGCAACUACUGUGCAAAAGUGGUUAGUGGUUCCACUCGUCUUAAGCAACACUUAGCUGGUGUACGUGGGGAUGUAGUACCAUGUGAACAAGUUCCUGAAGAUGUGAAGGUCCAGAUGAGAAGCUGUUUCCUUGACACAAAGAAAGGAGUCCUGACUAGGGAAGUUGGGCAGCUUUACCACCCAGAUCUUCCGUUGAAGAGGAAUUGGUGUUCCAACUCUGCCAAUCCAAAUCAUAGUCAACCUGGAUCCAAGGGGAAGGGAAAGCGUGUGAUACUGAACUCUGCACUGGAUGAGUGUGUGGAAAGAAAAGUUCCCAACAAAAUUUUCCACUCAUCCACAGGCAUUAAGAGCGAUGAAGGGGAGGAGGACUCUUUGAGGCAUGCUCAAAGGUGCAUUGGAAGAUUUUUCUAUGAUGCUGGUCUUGAUUUCAAUGCUGUCAAGUCCCCUAGCUUCUGGAAAAUGAUAGAUGCUAUUAUAGGCUGUGGACUAAUGGAGUAUAAGAUUCCCAGUUGCCAGGAACUUAAAGGGUGGAUCCUUGAGGAAGAAGUGAAAGAAAUACACCAGUAUGUGAGGGAGGUCAGACAUUCCUGGGGAAUGACAGGGUGCAGCAUCUUGUUGGAUGGAUGGACAGAUGGGAACGGUCAGAACCUGAUUAAUUUUCUAGUGGAUUGUCCACAGGGCCCAAUAUUUCUAAGAUCUGUCAAAAUUAUGGGUUCUUUUGAUGAUGCUGAUGCCUUGCUGUCAGUGCUUGACGAAAUUAUUGAGGAAGUUGGAGCUGAAAAUGUGGUUCAAGUCAUUGCACAUACCACAUCAGGUUGUAUGGAGACUCUGGGUAAACAAUUUAUGGAAAAACACAGGACAAUAUUUUGGAGUGUCUGUGCAUCCCACUGCAUAGACCUCAUGUUAGAAAAGAUUGGGAUGAUGGAUUCUAUCAAAAGAGUUUUAGAUAGAGCCAAGGCCAUUACAAAGUUCAUUUAUGGCCACUCAACAGUUUUUGAGCUUAUGAAGAAACAUACUAGUGGGGAGGACCUACUUAAACCCUCCAGGUAUAAGUCUGCAAUGCAAUUUUUGACUUUGGAAAAUAUUGUAUCUAAAAGGGAGAACUUGAGGAACAUGUUUGCCUCAUCUGCUUGGAAUACCUCGGUUUGGGCUUCAAGUACAGAAGGAAAGUGCGUGGCUGAUUUGGUAGGGGAGCCCUCAUUUUGGAGUGGUGCCCAAAUGGUCCUGAAAGCAGCUAUUCCUCUUGUGCGAGUACUCUGUCUGAUUAAUGGAAGAGAUCAUAGGCCUCAGAUGGGUUACAUAUAUGAAACCAUGGAUCAGAUGAAGGAGACAAUAAAAACGGAGUUUAAAGACAAGAAAACCAAAUACCUGCCUUUUUGGGGACUUAUUGAUGAUAUUUGGGACAACUUUCUGCAUAGCCCCCUCCAUUCAGCAGGUUACUUCUUGAAUCCAAGUUUAUUCUAUUCGAGUGAUUUCUUAGCUGAUGCGGAGGUAGCCAGUGGCCUUUUGUGUUGCAUAGUCCGUAUGGUAAAGGAUCGACAGGUUCAGGAUUUAAUAUCUCUACAGCUUGAUGAGUAUCGAGCAGCCAACGGAUCUUUCGGUCAUGGGAGCGCUAUUGAUCAAAGAACAAGGAUGCCUCCAGCUCAGUGGUGGGCCUCCUAUGGGGGCCAUUGCCCUGAUUUGCAACGAUUUGCCAUCCGGAUUCUUAGUCAGACAUGUUGUGGUGCAUCACGAUAUGCACUACAGAGGAAUUUAUCAGAGCAGCUGCAUGCAAAUGGAAGAAAUUGUAUAGAACACAAGCGACUGAAUGACCUCACUUUUGUUCAUUAUAAUCUCCGGUUGCAACAUUUUUCAUUGGACAUGAUUGGAAAUGGUAGUAACAUUGUUCAAGAAGAGAUUGAUGCAAUUAAUGAUUGGGUUGUAGAUGAGGUGCAAGAUGUAAUGGCCCAAAGUGAAGAUUCAUGUGCGGUGGACUUGGAUUGUGGUAUGGGCAUUGCCCAAAGGGUGAUUAGUGAAGAAGGGCCUUCCGAUUUGCAACCCAAGAAAGAGCCAAGAUAAGGCAGUAUUGACUUUGGCUUGAAGGAAAAGCCGGUGAUAGUAGUAACUGGAGAUGUGGGAAGGAUUGACAGCUUACUUUCGGAAAAAAGAGUGAGGUGGGUGGCAAUUUAAGGAACAAGACAUGGGAUCUUCAAAUGUGUCACCCUCAAAAGGAAAUUGAAUCUUAAGUUUUUUGGCAUCCACCAUAUGACGUUCCCAAGAGCUUGAUCAUGUUUAGUGUCAAAAGUAUGAUGAUGAUUCUGCACUGAAUCCAUGUUCCUUCAUCCACCAUGUUCUGAGUUUGGAACUGUUAUUGCCAAUGCCAUCAUGUGUAUCUGUAGCAUGACAAAAGAAGAUGUGGACCUAGUGAGAUGUUUGGCAAUGGAACCUGAUGGAAGUGGCAUAACUUCUUCAUUGUGUUUGAGCUUCAACUGGAUGACCAUGGUGAGGGUAUGUGUACAGGUGACAUGAUACGGGUGCUUUUCAAGGCAAGUUGAUGAUUGUGGGCACCUCAAUUGUACUUUAAUGAUUCCAAUGGCCUGAUUCUUCAAUGAGAUGUUAUGUGAGUUAUUGCCAUGUAAAUCUGCUAUUACUGAGCAUCGACAUUAGUUUCUCAUCUGUCUACUUUGGGACUGAUGCCA